AUGGAUGGAUGUGGUGGCUACUCCCCUGCUGUGUUGUCAGCAGCCUCUGUCACCACAGUCCAGCUGAGGAAGCUCCACCAUGCUGUCCUCCCCAAGGGGAAAGGAGGACGCUCCUCCUCGAGUGGAAUAGCGGCAACAGUGUUUGGUGCCACAGGAUUCCUGGGGCGAUACGUGGUCAACAGGCUUUGUCGGAUUGGCUCUCAGGUUGUAAUCCCUCACCGCUGCGAUCAGUAUGACGUCAUGUACCUUAGACCCAUGGGUGAUCUUGGACAGCUCCUUUUCAUGGAGUGGGAUGCCAGGAACAAAGACUCCAUCAAACGGGCUUUGGAGCACUCUAAUGUUGUCAUCAAUCUGGUGGGCAGAGAGUGGGAGACAAGUAACUAUCGCUUCGAGGAUGUGUUUCCUGACGAAAUCAUCAUGAAGCCCUCAGAGAUGUUUGGCAGGGAGGACAGUUCAGACAUGCGUUGGUUUGGCAAUGCCGUUCCACUCAUAUCUCAGGGGAAGAAGACCGUGAAGCAGCCUGUUCAUGUGGUGGAUGUGGCCAAGGCCAUUGUCAAUGCAAUCAGAGACCCGGAUGCUAAUGGAAAGACAUACGCUUUAGUUGGGUAGGUAGUGGUCAGCCCUUAAAUAAUCCCUUUGUUUGAAAACCUUGCUCUGGGAGUAAAGCAAUCGUGAAAGUCUACAGUAAUAACACAAAACAAAUUAUUUACAUAUUUAAUUUAUGGCAAGAUCACUCCACGCCAUUAUAACCAUUAGGUCAGAUUUAGCCUUUGUCCACACAAGAAGGGGAAAAAUAAAAAAGCAUCUCACUAUGCAAAAAACACUCCUUCUGUAGUCCCUAAGGUUUCUGUCCUGAAGAAAAGAAGUUGCCAUAAUUAUAAUAAACAGAAUCACACUCAGUCUGGUUAGUGUUGCCUGACUUUAAGUUUAUUUUUUUUGUGUGUGGUUCCAGUCAUUUUGCUCAGCGCUACUGCUUAUUACUUUUAUUUUCUGUACUCGCCAUGAACUGUCAAACUCAGGUUAAUCUCACCCCGCUCCGACGUAAGCGUGACGUAUUUGGUUCUUGGAUCUUGCUGGGCAUCCAAGUGUGGUCAGCUAAAAUCAGGUUAUUGGCGCUUAAAGCCGGCUCUGCUGCAGCGAGAACACGAAAAACCAGAUCUUUAUCAUCUCCAGGUCCUGCUCAAGCUCCGGAUCGGGGGUUGGUCGAAUAGCGGCAAUAGUGUAAACACAGUCAAGUGACAAAAGCAAUUAUGUUUUCAAAUAAUGUGGAAAUGAGUGAUGCAAGUGUCUGAGAGGAGUACCUUGUGUGUAGGGUUUGUCCCUUGAAGAAUGGAACACCUUUUUCCAAAUAUCUUGUCGUCUGUGGUUAAUUACCUGCAUUUGUAAGAGUCAGCAAAGACUUGCAUGGAGGGCUCUCUUCUGUAACUGUUUUUUCCCCCUCUUUUUCAAAGUUCUGCUGCUGGUUUAUAGAGCAUUGAAUGGUUUUGUCCCAAAAUACAUUUCUGAUCUCCUGCUACAUUAUGAACCAUCCAGAACUCUCAGGUCUUCUGGGGCAGGUCAGCUUUCUGUCCCCAGAAUUAGAACUAAACAAGGAGAAGCAGCGUUCAGUUAUUAUGCUCCAAAUAUCUGGAACAAACUCCCAGAACCCUGCAGGUCCGCUGCUACUCUUGAAUCCAGGCUGAAAACAU